AUGGCUACUUCAAAUUCUGAUAAACAAGUACUCACUUUAAGUGAAGUUAAACAAUUAGCUGAGGAUAAAAAUAGAUGUAUACUGGUGAUCAAUAAUCGAGUAUAUGAUGUAACAAAAUUUCUUGAUGAGCAUCCAGGUGGUGAAGAAAUUUUGAAAGAACAACAUGGUAGAGAUGCCUCACAUGAAUUUGAAGAUGUUCAUCAUAGUCCUGAUGCACGCGAACUAAUGAAAACAUAUGAAAUAGCUGAACUUCAUCAAGAUGAUGUCAAGCCAAUAAUUCCACCUCGUCCUUUAAUUGAAAAUUACAAUCGAAAUACUGGUGGCGCUUCUAAUAAUGUUGCUACAUCAUGGAUGAAAUCUCUUAUUCCUAUUGUGGUAGUGUUGGUAGCCAUUUUUUAUUUCAGAUUAACCGGAAAAGCAAAUCCAAACGUCGACUAA